GCUGCGCACGGAAAUUACUGAUGUAGGUUUGUGGACUGGAGCGAGACGCGACGAGACGGCGCGGCUGUCCAGGAGCUAUACGGCCUCCACGUCAUCCCGUCCCACAAGUUUAUAGACCCGUGCUCAGCGCGCUAGCGCACCACUCGUCUCUCUGGCUUCGUACACUGUAGCAACAUCAGUAGCGUCGCCUUGCGGACAAGUCACAUGUUCAAGUCGAAGAGAAACGCGCUUAUCAAGGCCCUCUGGCGAUCUCGUGUCGUCGAGAAGGAGUCGGCAAUCGAAGAGACGCUCUACCAGGCGUGCAAGUGUCUCUUCAAGCGACUCAAAAAGAACAAGGACCUCGAGGACCUCCGCGAGCUCGUCGUCGCCGCUCGCGACGGUGGGGAGGAAUCGAGCGGGCCGUGUUUCUUCGCUGAUUGCGAUGAGAUCGAGACGCAAGCCGGACGUCUGUCGCCCGAGGUCUUGACGUGUCGUGUGUGGCGCUGGGUCGACGUCGACGAGCGCUCGCGCCUCAAAUCUCGCCCUUGCUGCGAGAGAAAGAGCCGAAAAAGCGACGACGGCCUCGUCUGUAUCAAUCCCUAUCACUACAGUCGAAUCGAUCGCGAAGACGAUGCAGUCGCCAGCCUGUCCGACGCCGGUCUGAGGAUUUCGACGUGCCAGUUGUCGGUCGGAGAGAAGUCGGACGAUUGUACUUGCUCGACAACGUUCACUGUGUCGAGUGUAACCGCAGAGUCGGAGACGUCGCCAAUGCGCACGCUAUCCGAAUAUGUACAGUCUCUUGGGAGAGGUACACGAAACUGGUGCAACAUCGCUUACUGGGAACUCAUGCAGAGAGUCGGUCGGAUGUAUAAUGCAACGAGCGAGUGUGUGGAUAUCUACGCAGAGUCAGCGCUUGCAAACGGCCUGUGUAUAGGACCACUUACGAACGACAAGCGAUCGGAUGCCAUCAAGAGAGUGAGAGAUCACAUUGGACGUGGUAUUCAGAUUUCGUGUGAAGACGAUGGAGUUUGGAUCUACAAUCAGAGCGACUACCCGAUUUUUGCUCAGAGCCCGACUCUGGACUAUAUGUCAAAGGGCCGACUACCCGCGGUCAAGAAAGUCCAACCCGGCUACUCAACUCGAGUCUUUGAUUUUGAGAGAUGUCGAGAGAUGCUCGAAUGCGAGAAGACGCCACAGAGUGGAAACAUACCCGACGAUCCGUUCUCAUUCAGAGUUAGCUUCGCGAAAGGCUGGGGACCUAGCUACACGAGACAAUAUCCGAGCAGUUGCCCAUGCUGGAUUGAAGUAUUUCUCAAUGUCACACGGUAGCAGCACUUGCAUUGCCAGCACCACUAAGGAUCUCCCCACCACCCUACCCUCGGGAUUCUAAUAAUCUAUGAUUUUUAUGCUGGACUAAGGAUAGUUAUUUGGUUAUGUAAGUGUAAAUAGUAGACAAUUGAGUGGUUGUAAAGAUACGUAGUGAAUUGAGAUGGUGGACAAGCAAGUCGUGAUACUUUUGUGCAGUGACGAGUACUGUAGUAGUGUUGCUGCUUGGUGGUGGUUUUGUGUAUGGGUUUGCCCAUAUUGUGGCAGUUAAGAAUGGAGUCAAUAGAAUUAAAGCUGCAGACUGGCGUUUACAUUGACAAUCAGGGUGCAGUCUGAUGAUGGGUCAGUCACAUGUGAUGACUGAGCAAUAGUUGAAUAAUUGAAAGUACAUGCUUUUGUCACGUGGUCUCAAAGAUGCAAGAGAGAAACAGAUGAGUUUUGUUGCUGCUUCUAAUACUAAAAUCUUGACUAAAUGAUAUUCUAGUUUUUGUCAUUGUUUUGAUGUAUGUGGAUUGCAUCAUGUUCCGUAUUGUUAUUCGAUUGGCAAAUACUGUUUCUAUUUUAUACAAGACUUCAUUGUAAAUAUGAUAAAUAUCAGUGCAUUUUGGUUUUGUGUAUGAGAGUGUGAGGUUCGACUAAUUAAUUAAA